AUGAAAAAGAACACAAACAAUCGUAGCGACCCCAAUGAGAGCAAAGAUGAUCAGCACGAUGAAUUCGAGAGUGGACCCGAUACAGACAGAGAGAAAAACGAGGGGUCUAGUAAUAUUAUGGUAAACUCAGGAAAAGUGGAUGAUCAGGAUUUUAAUAAUUUUAUCAAUGAGGAAUAUUUGGAUGGGUCAGAAGAAUCUUCUUUCAAUUUUUCCAUUACCAAACCUAUUAAUUUGGAUUAUGCUACUGAGGGGAAAAAGUAUGCUGUGCUGAAAGGGAUGUAUACUGAGGGGGGAGAGGAUAAGGAGGGGGCCUUGAAGAAGAAGGUAGCUCCGAUGGAUGAGGCCAAUCAGGUGAAGGAGUUAACCAAAGGGGCUGCACUAGUUGGUAUCAACAAAGGGGGGGUAGCCCCGAAGGGAGAUGGAAAAGUAGAUCAAGGAGCUCCUUUGCCUGAGGAACGGAAGGAAUCACACGGCGACCUAGACUGCAUGAACGACGCGAAUUCCGUUGGCACCAACUCUGCGGUGAAUCUAGCAUGCGUGGCGAGAAGUGAAACGGGGAGUGAAGUCACCCUAAACCCUGAUCCCCUUGGUAGAAUUCACCCCAUAAGUGGGCAGCACCCAGCAGGUUCCAUCCUUCCUGCUGUCACGACCCAGAUGGAAUUCCCAAACGAAUACCUCAACAACAGUAGCAUGGCGUCUAGUGUAGCUUAUCGAGAAAAUGAGCUCUGCUUCAUCAAGUACCUAGUGGUAUGUAACUUCAAAAGUUACGAGGGAGAAAAUAUCAUCGGGCCGUUUUCCAAAUUCACUGCCAUAAUAGGUCCAAACGGAUCGGGAAAGUCUAACAUAAUGGAUUGCAUAUGCUUCGUUCUAGGAAUACAUAAUAAAUGUUUAAGAGUAAAAAGCAUGAAGCAGUUGAUUCAUCAUAAGGAAAAUGAGAAAGUGGAGUUGCUGAAGAAGAGGAAGUGCUAUGUGAAGCUUAUCCUGGAAUGCAACAAGGAAACCGUCGAAAUAAAGAGGACACUAAACUAUAGGGGUGGAAGCAACUACUACAUUAAUGAGAAGCUAGUGGAGCAUAAAGAGUACAUUGCCUUUUUGAAAAAAAAUCGAAUAGAAACGAAAACGAAAACGUGCCUGAUUUUUCAGGGAGAUAUAGAAGAUGUAAUAAAUAAGAAGCCAAACGAGCUAGCCAAAUUGUUCGAAUAUAUCAGCGGGUCAGAUGAGUAUGAACAAGUUUAUGAAGACAUGAAGGAAAAACUAAAGGAGAAACAAAUGACAUGCAAACGUUAUCUCAAUGAAAAAAAAAAAAUAGAACAAGAAAUCAAAAUACAUAAAAUGCAUAUUAAUGAUAAUAUCGAACAGAACCAACUGAAGGUGGCACAUGAAGAGGAUGUGAAGACAUUCUACCUUUUCAGACUUUACCAUCUUCAUAGGAAAAAGGAAAAACUGAAGGAAGACCUAGUCACCUAUAAAGAGGAGAAAAUCGAAUUCGAACAAGAGGUUCUGUGCAAAGACAAGGAGAUUGCUAACCAUUUGGAGAAAAACAAACUGCUAAGAAAAAAAGCUCUACUUAAAGUGGAGGAGGAAAUUAGGAACUACCGGGUAGAAUUGAACAAACUGAAAGUUGCCCUCAACGAAAUUAAUGAAAAAAAAAAAUUCAAUCAAGAUUCUCUGGUUAAAGUAUUGGCUAACCAGAAGCUACAAAUGAACAUACAAACCCACUGCACUAAAUUUUCCGAAAAUCUACACGAACAGGUGAAGGAGCAGACUAAGAAACUUCGAAUGGAAAUUUCAAACAAACUGGGUGUCAUCUUAAAAUUCAUGGAAAAGUACAACCACGUAAAGAGUUACAUUCAGGAGAGACACACAACAAUUUUUGAUAACCUUAUGAAGGUUGAAAAGAGUUUGCAUUUAAACAGAGGUGGAAAUAAAGAUGGAAAGACAUUAGACAUAGUCGAAGAGGAAGAAUCCAUAUUUGAGAAAUGCAACGUGUUAGAUGUGAUAGAAAAUUUAAGUGAGUAUAAAAAGUGUAAGGAGAAAUAUUUGUAUCUCUGUGCUAACAGUAACAUAAGCAUUAACAACUACAACUCUUUGGCGAACGCUUUGAAGAAAGAUAUUAAGGAGUUGCAAGAAGAGUGCGAUAAUUUGUCAAGGAAGAAGCAGAAGGAGGUGCUUGAUUACGAAGCGGAGAAACUUACCAUGGAUGAGGUCACAGGGCGAGUAAACACACUGAAUAUUUUAAUCGAAGGAGACAAGAAAAAGAUAGAAAAUUUUAAAGUACAGUUGAGAGAUCUCCACGAAACCAUCUCACAGAAGGAAAAACGAAUAGAACAACUGGACAAGGAAAUAAAUAUAUUAAAUAUACACAAGACUGAAUUAAUACAUUUUGAAAAGAAAAAAGAAACCAUUUCUAGUUUGAAAAAUUUCUUUGGACAGGACCAGAUAUACGAUGAGAUCAGCUCCCUUUACGAAGUUAACAAUCACGUUUACUUCAAUGCUGUUAAUAAUGCGAUUCAUAAGUAUAACAAUUUUCUCGUUGUAAAAAAUGUGGAGAUCGCUGCAAAGUGCAUUAAAUACUUGAAGGAUAAUAAGCUACAUAAGAUGGAUUUUAUACCUCUGGAGAAUUUUAUAAAAAAUUUAAAACGAAUGAAGGGUCAGGGGAUACAUGAGGGAGAAGCACAGGAGGGGUAUGAGGAGUUUACAACAGGACAUGGUACAUCCUUAGGGGAAAGGAACUCCGAGAGAAGGUGGCAGGAGCAAGAUAACCACAUGAUGGAAAAAAUAAUGAAUACAUUUAAAAAGAAAAAUAUCGUGUUGGCGAAUAAUUGCCUCGUAUGUGAUGAACAGUUCAAGGUUCUGUUCGACUAUCUGAUAGGGAAGAACACCCUGAUCGUUGAACGGAUAAAAGACGCAGAGGAGAUAAGAAGUAAAUUUCCACAGAUGAAUGCAAAUAUGGUAACACUGAAUGGACACAUUAUAUCGAAGCAUAACAAUUUAAUCGUAGAUAUAUCAUCUACACAUGGAGAGAGAGAACGAUAUAGUAGCAGGAGACUUGACAUCAGCAUGUAUAAUAAGAUACUCACGGAGAAAGAGGAAUGCAAAAGUAUGAUCAGCGAGUGCAACCAGAAGAUCAUUCAAACGAAUGAACAGAUUAAUAAAACGAAUUAUGAACUAGAGUUAAAUAAAAAGAAAGUUGCUAGUUUGUUAAUAAAAAAAGGAAUCUUCGAAAAGGAAGUAGAAGGAAAGGAAGCGACGAUACAAAAUUACGAAGAGAGAAUUAUAAAGAUAAAGGAUGUACAAAUAAAAAAAAAAAUGGACAAUCUACAAAAAUACGAAUCAGAGCUUAUGAAGGAACGAAAGGGAUUGGCAUCUUAUCAAAUGGAUUCUUUUAAAAUACUCAAUGAGAGGUUCCAGAUGGAUAAUAUUUACGAAGCUAUUGAAAAAAAUUCAAAAGAAAUGGAGAAAAUAGACGAUAAUAUUGAUCGCAUAAAAAAUAAUAUAAAAAAAUUGAAAGACGACAUUAACGAACUCACAGAUAAGAAAAACGAAAUCCAGCUCUUUCAUAAAAAAGAGAAAAUUGCCAACCAGGAAGAAAAUAUCAAACUGGAUUUGUAUAAAUUGGAUCAGGAAGAGAAAGAGCAAAUGGAUAAAAUGAACGAAACGGAAAACGCCAUUCAGGAGAGGGAGACUGAGCGGGGCACUCAUCUGAAGAACCUUGGCCAGAUUAAUCAGGAGCUCAACGAUUUGCGAGAUAGAAUAAAUAGCAACAUUGAAAAAUAUGAGAGCAUGCAAAGCAAGGUAGACAACUGUCGGAAGAAGAUUGUGAUUUACGUUACGCUGGUUAAGGAUCUGAUAGGUGAAUGCGAUAUGAAUGGUGUCAAUGUGUUCGCGGCGAGCUAUGCCAUUGCCGACGAGCGGGAAGAUCAAGGGGAUGAUAAGGGAGCAGGCAGACAUAAAGGAGGGCGGUCCACGCGCAAGGGUCGUGUGAGCAAGCUCCUGCAAGGGAGCGAGGAGGAAGACUCUGACGUGGGAAGUGCAGGAAGUGGAAGUAGUACGCGUGGUAGUGAAGAUGAGGAAGAAAACCAAGUGGACAUAACUCUAGCUAACAUUUCCUUCGAUGCGCUCCCAGAUGAAUUGAAGAAAAUGGAGAAGGAAGAGCAAAUCAGCAGAGAGGAGGAGAAACUUGAAAAGGAAAUCGAAAAAAAAAAAAAACUUUUGAAAAUGAGAAAUAUAAAUACAAGUGCAGAAAAAGAGUACGAAAAUUUGAUCAUCAAGUUGAAAAAUAUAGAUGCUUCUUUAUCAAACGAAAGGAAGGAAUGUAAUUUGUUUGAAAGGAAUUUUCGAAUUUUACAAAAAAAGAGGUCGUAUAAAUUCCUGCACUGUUUUAACUAUAUAAAGAAUGUUAUUGAUAAUGUGUAUAAUAAUUUAACGUACAAUGUGAAGCACCACGUGGGUGGACAAGCUUUUUUGGAUCUAUUCAAUCUAAACGAAUUCAAUAAAGACGAUGAACCCUUUUACUGUGGUAUUCGAUAUAACAAUAUGCCACCCAUGAAACGCUUCUUUGAAAUAAGUGAGUUAAGUGGUGGAGAAAAAAGUAUGAGUGCUCUGGCCUUAAUCUUUUCUAUUCAGAAAUAUAUAAGUAAUUCCUUUAUCAUUUUGGAUGAAGUUGAUGCCAAUAUGGAUCCCAUUAAAAUGAGUGCCUUAGCCAGGUACCUUAACUCUAUUAACAGCCAAGUCAUCGUAAUUUCCCUGAAGGAGAAAUUCUUCAGUAAAUGUCAGACUCUCAUCGGGGUAUACAAGAACAAGCAUAAGAAGUGUUCUCGCACGGUUACGCUAGAUAUUUGCCGCUACCGUCAGGAGGCCUAA